CAUCAUGUUUGCUCCGUCUGUUUCCACAAUGUGUGAACACAAAAGAGCACAUGUCUGAACUCAAGAUGGAUAUUUGACAAAAUGCGUCGCUGAAGUCAACAAGCCUGUCGUUCCAGCCUGUCGUAAAGCAGAGUGCCGUACUGCAGUCGGUGUUGUUGUGAGGAGCUGAAGCAGCAGAAGGAUGUGGCCAUCACAACUCAACACUUUGGCUGUUGUAUUAGUUUUUGUUGGACGGUACCACACGUCAGCUCUUCAGGAUGUCACCACGGACCUCUUCGGUGCCGAGAACUACGGGACGGUGGCGGCGUUUGGAGAUUUUAACUCGGAUAAACAGACCGACAUCUUCAUGAUCAGAGAGCAAUCUGAACUGGUCAUAUUCCUGGCUGACUCGAAACCACCCUACUUCAAGCCCAAAGUCCAAAACAUUAAAAACUCUUUGCCAAGUAACACCAUCAUCACCAGCGUGGUUCCUGGAGACUAUGAUGGAGACUCACAGAUGGAUGUUCUUCUCACGGCUCAGACCAACUCCAAUGGAGCAACAUCUGUUUUCAUCUUCUGGGGGAACAACCAGACAUUAGAUAUGGAUUGGCUCAGACUGAACAAGACCUUCACAGAUCAACCCCUUGUUAUGGACUUCAAUGGGGACAUGAUCCCAGAUAUCUUUGGAGUCACAGACUCGACACAUACUGAAGUCUGCUAUCUCACCGACAGGGUUCAAGUGUGGCAGAAUGCGCUGACUUCACCUGUCAAAAUGCGAAACCCUCACUCUAAUGCUUUCAUUGACCUCAACAAGGACUUCUCAGCUGAUUUAUUCCUGACAACUGAAGGCCCAGCAUUUGAGAUCUGGCUCAGCAAGGACGGGACCUUCAACAAAUCUAAAAUCAUGCCAGAAAAGCCACCAGCCAGCGUUGUGGGACAGUCCUCCUUUGUCGACUUUGAUGGUGAUGGCAUUCAGGACCACCUCCUCCCUGUGUGUUUGGAUAACGCCUGUCAGCGCAGUGCCAUCUACCUGGCCAAGUCAGGCUCGCAAGAGUGGGUACCGAUACUGUCAGAUUUCCAGCAGAGGGAAACAGUUUGGAGCUUUGUGCCAGGGAGCCUCAGCCAACCCCUGGCCCUGCACCUUGGAGACUACAACCUGGAUGGCUUCCCUGAUGCCCUGGUGGUCCUGCGCAACACCAGUGGCAGUGGUCAGCAGGCCUUCCUGUUGGAGAACGUGCCCUGUAACAACGUCAGCUGCCACAGUGUGGGACGAAUGUUUCACAUCCACUGGGACCAAUCAGAUUUGGGAGCCAUCCAAAAUGCCAUAAUGGCAACAUUCUUUGACAUCUACGAGGAUGGUAUAUUAGACAUGCUGGUUCUGAGCCAGACAACGGGCAAAAAUGACUUGAUCGUCCACGCUUUAAAGAACAAUUUUGAAGCUGACGCCUACUUCGUUAAAGUGAUGGUGCUCAGCGGCCUCUGCUCCAAUCGCUGCCCAGAAGAUGUGAAGCCCUUUGGUGUUAACCAGCCAGGUCCCUAUGUCAUGUACACCACGAUGGACUCCAAAGGUUACCUGAAAACUGCCUCAGCCGGUCAGUUGAGCCAGUCUGCUCAUUUCUCCCUGCAGCUGCCCUACACUGUGCUGGGCCUCGGACGCAGCGCCAACUUCCUGGACCACCUUCUUGUUGGCAUCCCUCGGCGGCCUGGAGAGAAGGACAUAAGGAUGCAGGAGUGGACGGCCAUCAUUCCCAACUCUCAGCUCAUCGUCAUCCCCUUCCCACACGACCAGCCCCGCAGUUGGAGCGCUAAACUGUACCUGACUCCUAGCAACAGUGUGCUGCUGACAGCCAUCGCACUGAUCGGAGUGUGUGUCUUCAUCCUUGUCAUUAUUGGCAUCCUGCAUUGGAAAGAGAAGAAAGCAGAUGACCGAGAGAAGAGACAGGAAGCCCACCGUUUCCAUUUUGAUGCCAUGUGAAGUGCAUCAUGGGAGAACAUCCUCUCCUGCACUCCUCCGCCCAGCCCCCACCCUCCUUCGCACACACACACACACACACAUAUUUUCACACAGGCUCAUUUCAAGGGCCAAAAAAUUGUUCCUCAUUUGCACCAAUUCAUUUAUUCAUUCCAGUGUUAGCAGUACAGGAGCUGCAACAAGGCCAUGGAAACACAGGAAGAAAUCCUAAUAGAGCUCACACACAAGUGUAAAGCAGGGGUGUCUUAGACUAUUUUGACAAAAUGACAGAUUUCUGUUGAAUUGCCCAACAAGUUAUGAGCAAUGUCACUUGAAACCCAUGUGUGUGUUUCUGUCUCUUGUCUUUGUCCCGUUGUUUCCAUUUGACUGAGGUGAUGUAAAAAAAAUCCUUCAUUUUAUUACCUGGGAAAUGAAAGUGAACCGAGUUCUGUGAUAUCGAUCUGAGUCUCGCAACUGCAGCAGCAGCUGGUGCAAUGUGAACAAAAAUGGACACGUGUUUUUUCUGCCACCAAUCUCACCUAAAAUGAUGAAUGGCCGUCAGGUUUGCUGAGAGAAAAUUCAUCUUUCUCACUCUUGAUUGUAUCACAGUGCAUCAUGGGAGUGCCAAAAAAGAGUUUCUGUAUUGACUCCUGCAAAUGUUUAAUGCUACUGCACCGAGGCUCCGUGACGACUCGAACAACUGUUCCUGCAGCUUGUUUAUUUUGUCAUCAUCUAAAAGUUAAUCUGCUGUAUAUUUGUAUUUAUUUUACAAGAAUGAACUCAUGGCUUUCCAUGUGAUUUGCACUUUUUAAACUACUGAUUAACAAUGGCUGUUUGUAAUUUAUUUUGUUUUGUGGAUUUUAUUUGCCGGUGAAUGUUGAAGCUACUAAAUGUGUUGACUUACUUAGGUUGCUAAUAAAGGUUUGUCCUGU